CUCUCUCUUUUUAAUGCCCAACAUUUCUCCUAUAAAUAACCCCUUCAUCCUCCUCAAAUUUUACCCACACUUGAAACCAAAAAAGAAAAAAAAAAUUCUACUUACUAAAGAGAGAGAGAGCCAUGGAUAAUAAUGAGACAAGACCAAUUUCCAAAGGUGAUCAAGCCAUGCUCAACACUGACUUCUCCAUUGAUUGGAGAGGUAGACCUUGCAAACCUAACAAACAUGGAGGCAUGAGAGCUGCUGUCUUUGUUUUAGGAAUUCAAGCCUUUGAAAUCAUGGCCAUUGGAGCAGUUGGGAACAACCUCAUAACUUAUGUCUUCAAUGAGAUGCACUUCCCUCUAUCAAAGUCUGCCAAUAUAGUCACCAACUUCAUUGGCACCAUCUUUCUCUUAUCUCUCCUCGGUGGCUUCCUUUCCGACUCUUAUCUUGGUAGUUUCUGGACCAUGCUCAUCUUCGGCUUCAUUGAACUUUCCGGUUUUAUUCUUUUAGCAGUGCAAGCACAUCUACCACAAUUGAGGCCAUCACAAUGCAACAUGAUAACUGAUGAUAACUGCAUUGAAGCCAAAGGAUUCAAAGCCACAAUUUUCUUCAUAGCUCUUUAUCUUGUUGCCCUGGGUAGUGGUUGUUUAAAGCCGAAUAUGAUCGCGCACGGAGCCGAUCAGUUCAGCAAAGACGAUGCAAAACAAGCAAACAAACUCUCGACAUACUUCAAUUCUGCAUACUUCAGUUUCUGCGUCGGCGAGCUCAUUGCUCUCACUGUCUUAGUUUGGUUCCAAACACACGUCGGAAUGGAUGUCGGUUUUGCUAUCUCGGCAAUUGUUAUGGGAAUGGGACUAAUUAGCCUGACUUCGGGUUUAUUCUUUUACAGAAAUAAACCUCCACAAGGCAGUAUUCUCACUCCAAUUCUUCAAGUUUUUGUGGCAGCCAUCAGUAAAAGAAAGCAAGUGUGUCCAUCAAAUGCAGAAACAAUGUGCAGAAACCAAAAUCAUGCAGUUUCAGUGGAUGGAUCUUUGAACAUUGAUUUUAGACACUCAGAUAAGUUCAGAUUCUUGGACAAAGCGAGCUUAAGAGUUGAACAACAAAAUGGCAACAACAAUGAAAAGGAAAGCCCAUGGAAACUUUGCAGUGUGAAGCAAGUGGAACAAGUGAAAGUGAUUCUUUCAGUGAUUCCCAUCUUUGCAUGCACCAUAGUUUUCAACACAGUCCUGGCUCAACUCCAAACAUUCUCAGUCCAACAAGGCAGCUCCAUGAACACACACCUCACCAAAUCCUUCACAAUUCCCCCUGCUUCCCUCCAAGCCAUUCCCUACCUUAUCCUCAUCAUCCUUGUCCCCAUUUACGAGCUUUUCGGCAUCCCUUUAGCUCGAAGAAUAACAAAGAACAAACACGGCAUAACCCCUCUCCAACGUAUCGGUGUCGGCCUUUUCACCGUCACCUUCUCCAUGGUCGCCGCAGCCCUUAUCGAAAACAAAAGGAAGAACAUGUUUCUUUCUUCAAACAAAAUCAUCUCCAUCUUUUGGAUCACACCACAGUUCUUGAUUUUUGGAAUUUCGGAGAUGUUUACUGCAGUGGGACUUAUUGAGUUCUUUUACAUGCAGUCAUUGCAAGGAAGAAUGCAGUCAUUUCUUACUGGAAUGACUUACUGUUCUUACUCAUUUGGGUUCUUUCUGAGCUCUUUGCUGGUUUCACUGGUGAACAAGUUAACUUCCUCAAAUUCAAGAAAUGGUGGUUGGCUUAGUGAUAAUGAUCUUAAUAAGGAUAGGCUUGAUCUUUUCUAUUGGCUUUUGGCAGUGCUUAGUUUGGUUAACUUCUUUAACUAUCUUUUUUGGUCAAGGUGGUAUUCUAAGAGUCCUUCUAAUUCAUCAACCAAUGAUGUUGUUGUACCAGUGGUUUGAGGAUUGCUGUAUUACUAUUUUUUUUUUUUUUAUUUAGUUAUGUAUUGGAAAAGAAGAAACUGUAACUAAGUGCUUGUGUGACCAUGGUCCAUGAGUAGUAAGUAUAUUGUAAAAAUUAUUUAAGUCUCUUUAGAUGGAGAGAGAGAUGCAGUGUAUUCACUCUUUUGAAGUGUUUAUCAAAAUUAAAGCAGUUCAGAGAAUCAAA